GCGGGACAAAGCGCUUGUUCGAGAGGCUGCAGUCUUGUGAAGGAGCCGUUGUCUCUUGUCUCUGCUCCGGGGAGGGACAGCAGCUUAUAGUCGAGCUGAGACCCUUUUCUUUUUUUAAAAGAUCAAAUAAAAGAUCAAAUAAAAGAUUGUUUCACUUCAACGUUAACUCAGAAAACAGGUGAAUUUAAUCUGACUGGACGCGUUGUUGGGUUUUUUUUUUUUCUCAGCUGUCUCAAACUUUUGAGAAGAAGAGGACAAUUUGACAGGAAACAUUAGUAUUUUAUACCCUUUCAUCGAUCCUCAGUUCAGGCCAUUUUUGAGCCAUGUUUGACAAGCAGCGCUACGACAGUCCACCUGUCUACAGUCCUCCAUUCACCUCGCCAUCCAACAACGGCUUUGGCCCUCCAGGCAGCUUCCAUGGCCCUCAGAGCGAUUACAACGCAUACCCACCUCCGCCGGGAUCUUACUACAUUGAGGACAGACCACAGCACUUCUACAAAUGGCUGUCGCCUCCAGGAAUCAUCAAGGCCAUGAUGGCUACGGUGAUCGUGUUGUGUGUGGCGAUAUUUGCUUGCGUGGCCUCCACUCUCAUGUGGGACAUGCAGUACGGAAUGGGGAUGGGAAUGGGAAUGGGCUACGGCAGCGGAUACGGCGGCGGCAGCUACGGCUCAGGAUACGGUGGUUAUGGAGGUUAUGGAGGUUAUGGAGGCUACGGCAGCAGUAGCUACGGCUCCUACAUCUCACCUUACUCAGCCAAAACUGCCAUGAUUGCCAUGGCAGCCAUUAACUUCAUUGGGGCACUGGCGUUCUUCAUCACCAGCUUCUCUAAAUCCAACACCGUCCGCAGUAGGAAGUUCUUUCUGGCCCUCCUGAUUGGCAGCAUCAUUAUGUCUGUCCUGCAGGGAAUCAUAAACAUUGUUUACAUCGUCGGGGUGAACCCCAUGGCCCAGGGCUCCUCCAGUAUGAUGUAUAAUCCGAUGCUUAUGAUGUGCCAGAACCUCUACCAGACCAGCUACUCACAGAUGGGAGGAGUGGGAGGCUUCCCCAUAUACAACCAGUAUCUCUACCAUUACUGCUUUGUGGACCCACAGGAGGGAGUUGCCAUGGUGUGUGGAUUCCUGGUUGUCAUCGCCUUCGGUGUGGCGGCUUUCUUCGCACACAAAACCAGAGGAAAGAUCUGGCGCUACGGCAAACCAAACAUCUACUGGGACGAGCCCCUUGUCGGCGGGAAGGCCUCGGAGGGCAGGGAUGUAGAGGAAUGGGUGAACAAUGUGGAGGAAAGCCGCAGUGUUCAAGACGCCCCUACCCUGCUGGUGUCAGAGAAGGGAGCCGGGCUGCUCAACGCCUCAGCAAACAGUGUCAUCUCCUACCCCCCAGACAAGGUGGACAGCAGCUCCUAUAAUGGGGACGAAGACGACAACAACGAGUACUCAGAGAGAACCACGAGCCGGCCAUCAGAGGCUUUCUCCCAUGGUGGAAGAACCAGCUCCAGCCCUUCAGAGGAGACAGGCGGGGGCCGGAAACCCUCUGCCAACAGGGGCAAGAGACGCAGACGUAACCCUGAGCUGGAUGAGUCUCAGUAUGAGACAGAGUACACCACAGGAGGAGAAACAGGCAAUGAACUUGACGGAGAAGAAUGGGAGAGUGCAUACCCAGAUAUAAGAUCUGAUGCCGAGCGCCAUGACUAUAAGAGAGAGUUUGAUGCCGACCUUAGGGAAUACAAGCGCCUGUGUGCUGAGAUGGACGACAUUAAUGAUCAGAUGAACAAACUCAGCCGGCAGCUGGACACACUGGACGACACCUCUGCCAAAUACCAGGCUGUUGCAGAUGAAUAUAACCAGUUGAAGGAUCUGAAGCAGACAUCAGACUACCAGUCUAAGAAGAAACAGUGUCGCAGGCUGAGACACAAACUGUUCCACAUCAAGCGCAUGGUGAAGAACUACGACAAGAACCACUCGUGAAUCCACUGAGUCCUGAAACACUCAGCUCUGUGAUCUACACAGCAAACACUCACAGACGCAGACCAAGAUACACUCCAAAACACUACAAAAGACUGUGACAUCCUGAGACCAAAGUUACCUGUACAGAACCAACACACAGUGGAUACACGCUCACUCACACACACAUAUAGGGAACAUACUGUACGUUAAUAAAAAUGGUCUUGUGUUUUCCUUCAUUCACUCUGAUCAGUUGUGAAUGAAUAACUACGUUUUUUGGAAGAAAAUUGAAGCAGGGCCCUCAGCUGUAGCACCUUCCACAGCAAGCACUGCCAUUUUCUUUUCUCUAGAGAUUCAGCUCAUUGUUUGCAUUGUUCAGCCACUUGUGAGGAUCCGAGGGCUGGAGAGAGGUUGUUUGAAAGUCACCUGACCUUAAGCCACCUGUGAUAACACUGUGCUCAGUUUCUGUGGCUCUGUUUGCUCUCCAGAUUGGCAACUUUUUUUUUUUGUUUUAUCUCCACAGAUAAGAGGUGGAACAGUAUUGUAGAGAACGUAGUAAUGGGUGAGGCGGGUUGCUUAGGUAUUGUUUGUGAGCAAAUAUGCAGUUUAUUUUAACCCUUGGCGUAGCGGUAUCUUGGUUACAAAUGAACUUUAGUUGUGCUUUUCUCAUCUUCUGUAUCAGUGUUUGUAACUAACUUUCAGCGUCAGUGAGGUUAACUGCUCUGCCGGGAACCGUGUGUAUUUUCCCAUGUCCUUGCUAAGAUUUUGAUAUUGAUUAUCAUAGAUGCAGUGAGACCAAAAAGGGGACAAACUGGCCAGUGGGAUGUGUCUGGCAUUGUUCUAUUGUAUAUACUUUUGAAUAAAAAAAAAAAAAUUGUGAUGAGAUUAUCUCUUGUACUUGUUCGCACUAAAGACCUGUAGUGGCUUGUUUUCUAACAGUGGCCACUCACUCGCUAUGCAAAUAAGUAAAAACAUCCAGACUAUUUUUAUGUUUUUUUUUAUUAUUAUGCUCCUCAACAAACUGGAAAACACUGUUUCUGUCACUGUCUAUAAGCUACACUCAUCUUUUCAUUUGAUUCUGUACCAAUGAAAAUGAUCAUCUGCUGAUUCCAUUUGUGGUAAUGUCUGCAUUAAUCCACUUAGUGUGCAAAGUGUUACGAUCUAGUGUACGUUAUAAAAUUGUUUAGCUACACUUUUGAUUUUGUCAUGCAUUUGUAUUGUUAUGAAGAACGUUGUUGUCAUUUUACAAACCAUUUGCGAGCCAUUUAUUUUUGUAUGAAUUUAUUUUCUUUGAUGCUAUUAUAAGACCAUUUUGUAACUGUAUACUUCCUUAAGGUAUGAUGUCUAAAAAAGUAUUGAAUUCAGUCGGUAAUAAACAUUUCUAAUUCUCUAAAAA